AUGGAUUCUCUUUCUCCAGAAGAGUUUAUUAUUUUACAGGAUGAUAUGUGCCAUAUUGUAAGUGAGACGAAUAACCAAAUUGCAAUCCUCCCAUCCACUCUUUUCUUAACAAACAAGAAGCUUCUCGUAAAAACAAUUUAUGAUAAAGUCAAUACUCAUUUUAUUAACAUUGCAGACAUUGACUCUUUUGAACAGACAGAAGUAAACGAUUGCAAUGUACUCAAAAUGAUUGGAAGAGACCCGAAAAAUACCUUAGGAAUUUUCUUCACUGAUCCUGACCACCAAAAGACUUUUGCCGAGCUUCUUUCUAAACUACUUGAGACACAGCAAAUAGGACAAGCGCAAUUUGAUGCACUUGCGCUAGGUAUUCAGCGUCGUGUCCGAGAAUGUGGUGAUGUCAACAAGUUCUACGUUGAAUAUCAUACAAUCAAAGAUAACAUCAUUAACGAACCACCACCACAAGUCGUAGAACAAGUAAAUGAGAACGCAGUUAAGUUAUUAUCACAUUUCCAAGGUGUUUCAUCACAAACCAUUGAUGCAUUGAACGAUAUGAUAUCUCGUAGUGAAACCCUCUUCUUCGCUACCUUUGUUGGCCUGAUUUUGAUCUUUAAUUUACUUUUAAUUUUAGUUCCGUUCGGUCUUUUUGUUUCAGCGACCGUAUUUAUCCUUAUUCUUAACCGCAGCAUUAAGCUGCUCUUCUCUAAAGACGCAAAGAACAUCAAACAGAAGAUGAAAGAGUUGGAUCAACAAUUACGUAAAAGAUUCAAGAAGAUUCUUGGCAGUUUCGAAGUAUUUAAGUCAUCAUUCGAUCGCAGACUACUUUGGAAGAAUCCAAGACAAACUCUUGAAGUCGAAUUGUUUUUGUUCUCUAUUGCACUUAUGUUUUACAACUUUGACUCAGCAUUUGUUUUGGCAACAUCAAUGUUUGGCCUCGGAUUCGUCGAAAGAUGGGAUCCAUUUGGAUUUGGCUCUCUUUAUGAAAUCCUUGCAGAACUAUUCACUUUCUCUCAUUAA